CCCCCCCCAGAGGGAGUGUGCUGCUCAACAACAAGCACCAGCAAUAUGGCCGACCUAGGUAAGAAGUACUGCGUUUAUUGUCUGGCCGACGUGACAAACUUGCGCCUCCGCUGUACCGAGUGCCAGGACAUAGAGCUUUGCCCGGAGUGCUUCUCUGCAGGAGCCGAAAUAGGCAACCACCGGCGAUGGCACGGGUAUCAGUUGGUGGAUGGCGGGCGCUUUACUCUGUGGGGUCCAGAAGCGGAGGGAGGCUGGACCAGCAGGGAAGAGCAGUUGCUGCUCGAUGCAAUCGAGCAGUAUGGCUUUGGGAACUGGGAGGACAUGGCGGCACACGUGGGGGCCUCCCGCACUCCUCAGGAGGGGAUGGACCACUAUGUCAGCAUGUACGUCCACGGCAACCUGGGCAAAGCCUGCAUCCCAGACAGCAUCCCCAACCGGGUGACAGACCACACCUGCCCGAGCGGUGGACCCCUCUCUCCGAGCUUGACCACCCCGCUACCGCCCCUCGACAUCUCCAUCGCAGAGCAGCAGCAGCUGGGCUACAUGCCCCUCCGGGACGACUACGAGAUUGAGUACGGCCAGGACGCGGAGACGCUGAUCAGCGGCCUCUCGGUCAACUAUGAUGACGACGACGUGGAGAUCGAGAUGAAGCGUGCCCACGUCGACAUGUACGUGCGCAAGCUGAAGGAGCGGCAGCGGCGCAAGAACAUCGCCCGAGACUACAACCUGGUGCCGGCCUUCCUGGGCCGGGACAAGAAGGAGAAGGAAAAAGACAAACCGGUGACGGGAACCGGAGCGACUCCCGUGACUCCCAUUGCAGCGGCGGUGGGGACCAAGCGCAAGAUCACCAAGGAGGAGAAGGAGCAGAGGCUUAAGCUGCGGCCGCUCUAUCAGUUCAUGGCCUGCCGCCAGUUGGAGGAAUUCUUUGAGAACUUGCACAAGGAACGCGUGCUGCGGGCCAAGAUCCGGGAGCUGCAGCGUUACCGGCGCUGUGGCAUCAACAAGCUGGAGGAGACUGCUGAAUACGAGGCAGCCAGACACAAGCGGGAGAAGCGAAAGGAGAACAAGACGAUGGCCCUUUCCAAGCGAGGAGGUGCCUCAGGGGGAGGAGGUGGCGGGGGCGGUGCUGGUGGUGGUGGAGGAGGAGGAGGAGGCAAGGAAGAGGGCAAGGACGGCGAGUUUGGGGCCAUUGAGAACCUCUCUGGCUUCGAACUGCUCUCUGACCGGGAGAAGGUCCUUUGCAACUCCCUGAACCUCAGCCCCAUGCGCUACCAGACUGUCAAAACCAUCAUCAUCAAGGACCACCUGCAGAAGCGCCAGGGCAUCCCCGCCAAGAGCCGCCUCCCCAGCUACCUGGACAAGGUCCUCAAAAAGAGGAUUUUGAACUUUCUCACCGAGAGUGGCUGGAUUUCCAGGGAUGCCUCGUGAUUGUCUAACUUGUAGAAUUUCGGUUUGUUAUUUUUUUGUUUUUGUUUUAUUACUAUUUUGUUUUAUUUACAAAAUAUUUUACUUUUUUUUUUCCCAAUCUGUGACUUCCAUGUGUUUCAAAUGUGCCAAGUAACUUUUUUUUUUUUUUUUUUUUAUAACGCGAAUCACUUGGGUUUGCUAUUUUUAUACACUUUAAUGACAAAAAUGGGCAUUUAUGCAAUUAACCUUGCCCCCCCCCCCAUCUUUAGAAAAACAGAGCUUUUAUAUAAACAAAAAGAAAAACAGUUUUUCUGAGAGAAAGUAGACCAUUGUGGGUUGUUGCUGAAAGUGACAAUUGUGAAUUUCUACAUGACAGCAAACAUAAGUACAAAGGGACCUUGCUUUUAAAACCGAGGAGACAUUGAGGCUCUAAACUAGUAACUGGUGAAGGAAGGCAUUUGCUUACCUUAUCAGUUUCACUGUGCAAAAACAAAUCACAAAUUACAAACGUCAUGCAUGACAUACAGCUGCAGGUGUUUGGGUUACACCCAUAAUUAAAUGUACUGGGUACAAACUUGUCUAGUAGUAAACCACAUUUGACUGGCAUAUUCCAAGGCUGAUCUUGGUAUUUCCAUCUGUGAAUAUGUUUCUAGCUUGUGUAUGUGAUUUAUUACAGGCUACAGAUUGCUGUAUAUUUUGUUAUAUGUCUGUGUUCUGAUUAACUUAAGUAGUUUGCAUGGAAAGACAAGUGCAUUAUAAUGUAGAUUAAACAGUUCUGUAGUUGUUUUUUUGUUCUCGCUGUGAAUAUACUACAGAUUACACCUACAGUAAACCCUCAUUAUUACUCUGACGUGAAUUUCAUAUCAGAAGGCAGUAUACACUAAAAUCUGGAACACAGUGUUCAAGUAGUUACAAUUGUAAGAAUUAUUGCGGCACAGUAUUUUUCUUGGGUGUUUAGCAGGGCCCAGCUUGUAUAAUGCACUGUGUGCAUGUGGGAAGAAUCGGUGUUUGUGCAGUUCUGGAACAGGAAUUUUACAGUACAGUAACUAUAGAAACGGAAUGUAAAGCUUAAAUAGGAGUCCACACAGAUAAUUGGAGCUGAAUUGUUUUUCUAAAGGUUCAUGUAUUUAUAAUAACCUUUUUAAAAACAUAUUCUUACAAGGGUUUACGAUAACAGCAGAUUUCUGAAAUUUCUGCUCUAAUGUGUAUCUGCAUUACAAUAGCAUGAAUGAAAAGUGUGAAAACCCUAAAAAAAAAAUAAUAAUAAAAUAAACCCCUUUAAGUGAUAUCCGUAUUUAUAUCGUAAUUAUUAAACUGACUAAUGUGUAACAUUAUCCAUUGUCUUCCAGUUGUAGUGCAGGGUAGGAUUUAAGCAUAGACAAGUUGGGUGACUUGACUUUCAGUGAGUUACUGGUUGGGCUGGGAUUAUCUGGCUGUUGGUCCUUAAGUUGAACCAAUAGACCACACUUCCUAUCAAUAUCAGCAGAAACAAUGAAUACAACUGAAUAAAAUGUGAAGAUCAGUGGUAGUAGUACCUUUGAGUCCCAUGUGCAAUAUUCCUUUAGGCCAAGGACAAAAUGACAGUAAGACAAAUAAUUAAAUCAACUCUGAAUGGCCUUCUUUGAGAAUGCACAAGUAGUGCCUGCUGUUCUUGCAUCCAUGUUUAGGAAGGAUUUGGGAAAGAAGGUUGGUUUAUUUCUAUCCAAGUAUAACAUUGACUCUGGGUUUAGUCUGGGUAUUGCUGCUUAUCUGGCACUUUACAGUGUAACAUUUUUGGUAAGGGAUGAAACAGUAAUGGUCACUUUCGACUGGAAAGCAGCAUUUAUCAGCAUUCAAUCAGCAAAAGAAAAAAACCAUUUAUAUGCAAAUGAGACCAUUUGCAUUGUAUAAUAAUUAAAAUAACAGCAUUUAUGCCAGCUGCUUUGCAUAUUUGUCGGCUAAACAAAGUACUAAAUAUUUUUUUUUAGCAUGCACUAGUCAUUAGGCAUAGAUGAUCUGUUUGCAUGAUGGUGGCACAAUUUAAAAAUAGAUCUGUAUGUAAAGCUUUCAAUCUGCAUUCUUGGUGCUCUGUAUGUUAUAUUUACUUUUAUUGAGUCCUAAAUUCAUCAUCUUCUGAAGUUGUUUGAGUCUUGCACCAUUAAAAGUUGAAAAAGUCGAGCAGCAAUAUAAAUCUACACGCAGGUGACUAGUUGAUUUGUGAGUGAAUCCUGGCAGUUUUAUUGGGUGAAUGUUAGACCGGGGGGGGGGGGGGUCAUAUGCAGCGCAAGCAGCUUGCAGCAUCAAUUCAAUGGGAUAUUUGGUCUCUUCUAAACCAGAUAUAAAACUGAAACCACAGAGGUGAACGAGGACCUGUAACCUUUGCUGCCCACCUCCUGAGUUUUAACUAUUUGUAAAUAUGCAUGCUUUCAAAGCAAUACUUUCACAAGCUGCAUGAUUUUGAUUUAUACUUAAAAGCAUAUCAAAACCAACAGCCAGUGACUGAAUGCAAGCAACAGACUGCUUUUCAAACACAAACGCUUUACAGUAAAGGGGGGUGUGUGUGUGUGUGUAUCUGUGUACCGCAGUUUUUAUUUUUUUAGUUCAAAGGAUAAAUGUCAUUGUUGGUUGGUUGGAGAUUCAGUCAAAAAAAGUAUUUUACUAUCUGGUUUAUUUUAAACUUUGACGUUACAACAUUAAUGUUCAUUUCACUUUUGUAUGUUAUUUCAUGGGGAUUGUUGUUAAAUAUUUUAGCAAUUGUAAAUAUUUUUGUAAAAUAAGAAAAAAAGGUAUAAAUGCUAACCUUCUGUGAAAUGUAAAGUAUUUUAUUCCACAAAUUAUUUUUUAACUUUUUGUAAAAAAAACAAACAAAAAAAACACCUAUUUGAAACUAAAAGCCCUCCAUGUACUGUAGUUUCAGUCUGAGCAUGCUGUGAAACUGUUCCUUUUGUAGCUAGAGUAGGAAAUGUUUAGAUAGAUACUGUUAAUGUUUAAGUGGAGGGCUUUAUUCAGUGUCUUGCAAUUUGUGAAUUCACAUUCAGUUAUUGGUGUGUGUGUGAUUACAUCUGUUUUGUUAUUAAAGUGCACAUACUUUAUCAA